UUGGCUGACAACCCGGAAAAAGGGAAAUGAGGAAGAUGUUUUGGGCCGGAAUGAGACGCCAAUGGGCGAAGAGGAAAUAAGAUAAGAUAAGCGAAACUGCUGUUUGUAUGCUUCCCUCUUGUUUUGUUCUUAUUUCACACAUGCCUGACCUUUUACUCAGUUGAUUACAGAGAGAAUGAAAGCCCCAAAUACCAUACAAAACUCAUGUCAAAUAUUAACAAGGCAACUGGAUGGUGUGCACAAUCACAUCACGAUACAGGUACAGUGCUGCACUAUAAAAUGGCUGCUGUUAUUCUUAUUGGAUAUUGGGGAGAGCAAUCAUUCCCAUCCGGUGUGUUAUGCGAACUCGUCCAAUUCGCUUAAUUAAAUGCUCUUUCAUAACAUGGAAGUAGGUAUUGUACAUACAUAAUUCGUUUUGUUGCGAUUCAUACAACAGAUUACACCAAGAGUAAGUAAAUGUGUGAUGAAUUGAAAUAAGAUCAUUAUCAUUGACGCCCAUGCUGAGCCGAGAAAUGACAUUACAUGGCUGUUUCCUGUAUUCUCUGUGUGUUCAAGUUGCUGUUGGUUGAGGGUAAAUUCUUAUCAUAACCUUGAUGUCACUCUCCUUCCCUGUAGACUGCACUUGGUCCUUGCAGGUUGGGAAACAUUUGUGCAUAGAGGAUCAGUGUGUGUGUGUGCGUGUGUGUAAAUCAUGCAACCCAAUCUGCGCAACCGUGUGUAAAUCAUGCAGCCCAAUCUGCUGCUCUUGGCCCUGCGGCAAAAUAUCUUCUGUGAACUAGGUGUGGACUUGUAACAGCCAUCCUAUCACUUUGCAACAGGUUCCAACAAUAUCCGCAUUUUAAAAAAAGCAACACAAAGAACCAGGGAUCAAGCGUUGUCAAGUGAGGACUUGUUGGGUGCACGCCACAAGGUGGUAGUAUUCCACCAAGCAGUCCAACAAGUGCCAGUUCUAGUCGGUUGCUUUAGAGCUGGGGUCAGGGAGGGCUAUUGUGGUCAAGGUUGUAUACUUUGAUUGUGUUGACUAGUAAUUUUGUCGCAAAGGUAUGUUUUGGGGAUAAAAUCCAGUCUUUGUUGUGGUUGAUGUGACUGCUUACAAUACAUUGUAUUUGAAAACUACUAUCGUAAUGCAUAGAAUGUUUUUGCUUUUUGGGUGGGGGUGCCGCUUCCUCAUCUGAUCACUGACUCAUUGCCUGAUCUCGCCCCCCCCCUUCUUCCCCUGGCUACAGCCUGAUGCAAGUCUCUCCAGCGCUGCAUUGAUCCUCAUUUGCCAACCGCCAUCUGCCCUUAAACUUCCUGCCUUGCCAGUCUCCCAGGACUCCACUCACUCACCGUGGCCAUUUGGUGAUCUGUUACAACCAAUGACAACAAAGUAAGCCUGGAUGUUAUAUGGCCUUGAUGUUACACCUCAGUGAUGCCGUGCUGUGUCCUCCCAUGCUGUUCUGUCCAUUUACAUGUGGGGGAGGUCCUCAACUUGGUGGAAUGGUUUUGCCGGCAGCACCGCGUGAGGCCGACUCCACUCUAAUGGCUUUGCUAUAAAAAAAAAAAAAAAAGAACAUCAUCACAUCAUCAACACAGUAGCAAAAAAGAACGACGGAAAGCAAAACGGACUUUUAUCGACCACAAUCGUCCCCUGGGAGUGCGAGCAGCUCUCCUAAACCUUUUUUUAAUGUCUGCUGGAGGGGAUGGAGGAGGCAGCCACGUUGUCCUGAUGGUGAGAUUAAACGGAUAAAGUAAAAGGACAUCAUGCUGCAGAUGACAUCACACGGUCAGACCAAAGUUUACAGCACUCUCCUCGCAGAUGGGCAGUGAGGGCCGCCCUCUCUUCCGUCCAAAACAGCCAUCAGCUGAUGAAGCCUGUGGAUUUUCCGCGGGCUCGCAUCGUCAAUUGUUCCUCCUGGCGCACCUACUCUGUCCUCCGCUGCACCUGAUUGGAUCUGAAUCUCCCCGAAAGAACCAAUGACAACAGAGUACAUUGGAGAGCAGACAUACACCAAGGCUGCGGUGUUGCACCAGCUGAUCGUUUCAUCAAAUACUCUGCAACAAGAAAUCAUGCAAGAGGAGCGCUGAAGUUGCACUAGGAGAAAAACGGGGGAAAGAAAAGGAGGAUUUUCUUCGGGUUUGGACGUGGAGAACCCAGGAAGGGUUCGGGGGAAGAAGAGCUUUGGGCUGCGGGGCUGCAUGAGGAUCUUCACCCGGCGGUCAGCUCGGUCUCCUCGACGCAGAGAUGCCAGUGCGCGCCGUGACCACCAGGUUCAUGUACAAGGGGCUGUGCACCAUCCCGGAUGUCCUCACCUACCGGACCCCCGUAAGUCUCCCUGAGGAUGAGCUGGAGGAAAUCCGAGAGGCGUUCAAAGUGUUUGACCGAGAUGGCAACGGCUUCAUCUCCAAACAGGAGCUGGGCAUGGCCAUGCGUUCCCUGGGCUACAUGCCUAAUGAGGUGGAGCUGGAGGUCAUCAUCCAGAGACUGGACAUGGAUGGAGACGGUCAGGUGGACUUUGACGAGUUUGUCACGUUGCUCGGUCCCAAGCUAUCUACGGCCGGAAUGCCGGAUAAGUUCCAUGGAGCAGACUUCGAUUCUGUCUUCUGGAAGUGUGACAUGCAGAAGCUGACGGUGGACGAGCUCAAGCGUCUUCUAUACGACACCUUCCGGGACCACCUCACUAUGAAGGACAUCGAGAACAUCAUCAUGACCGAGGAAAACCAUCUCAACAGCCCCGAGUCACACGUGGACAUCGACACGAGCCCCACGCAACAGGAGAAGCACACGUGUGUGCGCAAGAGCCUGAUCUGUGCCUUCGCCAUCGCGUUCAUCAUCAGCGUCAUGCUCAUCGCCGCCAAUCAAAUGCUGCGCAGAGGAAUGAAGUAGCCCACCUGUGAACCAAAUUUUCUUUCUUCACAUUUUCACCAGCUUGUGCAAUCGAACGAAUGAUGUCGACGACGCUGGCUUCCACCGGACAUGAUGAAAUAUUGUGUUGAUAAUCAAUACCACUUUACAAUAAGGGCACCGCUUCAAAGGGUUUAAUUCCUGCUUGCUAAAUUGCUUACAAAGCUGUUGUUGGCACUUUCUAAUGACAUCACAAUCCGAUAUAAAACGAUGGGAGUUACAUCGGGCUGCUAAAUAGUGAGACUCAUUUCAUUCUACUGCUUUGUCGCUUUGUAAAUACUGUUCAUUAAUUAGCUCACCCCAAUGUUCAAAUAACUUUGAUUUAGCCUAUGACUCAAACCUGCCGUAGAUCAAUUCAAACUUUUCAUUCAUCAUGAAUGAAGCGUGGAAACCCCAUUUAAACCCAAGGCCAAAAAAAAAACAUUUAAACUUAUUUAUUGGUGAUAUUUAUUACUGUUUAUAUAUGACAUUGACAUUUUUAAACACAGUUAACGCGAUUUAUGAACAAACUCCUUAUUUGAAAAAAGUACACUAAAAGUAAUGUAUUUAAAACUAUGAAGGAUUUUAAUUAUGGAAGCAUUUCAAUGCAAUCUAUGCGCAACCACGUAAAAGGAUUUACAACACGGUCACUGAUCGAUUGAUUUUGUUCUAUCCGUUCAUCCAUCCAUUUUC